CCCCCCCUAAAAAGACGCAAGAGAAGAAGAAGAUCGCACGGUGCACACGCACAUGGAAGAGCGCGAGGUUUUUUUCAUUCCUGCGCGUCGCACGAUGGGUCAUAUAUGAGGAGGACACUUCGGGAUGUGGACAUACACAAGUGUCUCCGCGGAGAGAAGCGCAUGAGAGAAACGCAACGCCGUGUCCAGUCUCCUCCGACUCCGAGAAAGGACUCCUCCCCACCUCGGCCGUGACACCUCCGGUAAACCGCCGUGAAAAGGAUAAGUCUGUUUUUCUGCUCUCACGCUGGAGACCGAGUCUUACGCCGCCAUUCACACGCCAGUGACUGAUUGUACGGCUUUAAAAAGUUGCCUGGAGAACAUGGACAUCUGACGUGCGCCACACGGCGUCAUCGGACACAUAGGGCCCCUCUCUCUCUCUCUUGUCUCCAUCACUGGCUCAUCCCCUGCGCUUUGGCUUUGGAGUAAGAAGAAGUGUUGAGCAGUUGUCAUUUGCCCUGACACGGGCUGCAUCCAGGAGCUUUACCUGCAGAAACACUGGGGACGUUUUCACACCACAAGAGACGCUGCCUGUUGUGCCGAUGCGCAUUUGCUGAACUCUGUGUUUGUGCACAUUCUGUCAGCCCACCACGGAUUUGUCAGAGCUGACAUCCCCGCAUGAAAUAAAGCCAAUGAAUCAUCUGGACCCUCGCCCUGCAUCAGAGUGAACAAACGCAGUGACGCGUUGGUUUUUUUUUUGUAGCGUUUCCCUCCUCAACCCGAACAAGUGUCAUAUCCAGUCAGCCCAGUGAAUGGUCACAAUUUUUCCUUUUUCCUUUUUGCGUUUUCCCUGAGCCGUGCGCUGUUUUUAUCUGUGCGCGCACUCAACCCAAACUGCGCCAGAAAACAACACACGGCCACAUGUGAACGAGACCCGUCACCUGUCCCGGCUGAAGCGCUCGACACAAGUCGACUGACUGACCGACCCAACACUGAAGAGGAAUACGUGUCGAAGUUUCGCUGUAGUGAUGCUGCAAGUGGAAAUGGUCCUCUUUGUCUGCCUGGUGCUGUUGAUGUGUGUUUUCAGCCAGGAGCCCAGCUCCAAAGUGGUGGCAGACCGCUACGCCGUCUUCUGGAACCGGACCAACACCAAGUUCCAUCGUGGGGACUACCACAUUGACGUAUGCAUAAAUGACUACCUGGACGUCUACUGUCCUCACUACGAAGACACGGUGCCAGAGGAGCGGACAGAGCGCUACGUCCUCUACAUGGUCAACUAUGACGGCUACAGCACAUGUGAUCACACCGCCAAGGGCUUUAAGCGCUGGGAGUGCAACAGGCCGCACUCCCCGAACGGGCCGCUCAAGUUCUCGGAGAAGUUCCAGCUCUUCACUCCCUUCUCCUUGGGCUUCGAGUUCAGACCCGGCAGAGAAUACUACUACAUCUCCUCCACCAUCGCUGAGAACGGGAGGAAAACAUGCCUGAAGCUGAAAGUUUUCGUCCGACCAUCAAACAGCUGUGUGAAAACUAUAGGCGUACAUGACCGUGUAUUUGAUGUAAACGACAAAGUAGACAAUACAUUAGAACCACGAGACGAUACCAGUCACGAACCAGCCGAGCCUUCCCGAAGUGAAACAAAUGCCGCGCCGCACCUGCAGAACACAAGUCCACUCCUGGCUUUGUUGCUGGUCUGCCUAGCAGCGCUCUUCACUUUAUAGCGCCUCCCUCUGUCCAGGAGGGCAUUUAACACCUAGCGUGGCCUGAAUCUGCCCGAGGCUGCAGGGAAGGGGCGGGCUUUGGGUGCAGCGUGUUCUCUUGAUUGGGCGUCAGAGUAGGCUUCUCAAGGAACCCUCUAUUUUUUUCAGAAAAAAAAAAAAAAUAUUUAAGUGGUCUUUCUCCGUCUGUGAGUGAAAAAAGUUGAUGUUGGAAGGGGGGAGACAGUUCCCCCUCUUAAACCUUCAACUAAGAUGCCAAAUCUCGUUUUUUGACACUUAGUGAUUCUUAUUUUCCCGUGACUUGACAUCCCUUUACAUCAUGUUUAUCUCAUUGCAGCACUGAUGUUUACCCACACAUACACACAAACACACACACACACACACUGCUUACAAAGUCACAUACAAGAAUGCCUCUAACAGUCAAUAGCAGUAGGGUUUUACACAGUUGUAUACAGUAGCAGCCUUACACAGUAGGAAAGUGAAGAAUCUAGGUCUUAGAAAUGAUUGUACAUACACAAAAUAAAUAGCUAAAUCCCGAGACCUCUCAUGAAGCCUUUCAGAAUAGAUCUUGAUAGAGCUCUGAUGCGUCAUAAGAAGCAGAUUUCUUGCAACACCACUGAACUGGGAUGUGCGAUUAAAAGUGAAAUGAUGAAGGAAAUUAGGAGUAAUGGUUUUAAGCAAAGGUCAGACUGGAAACCACAGCACUGAGAAAUUAAGUAAAUGGCAUGCACAUUAGUCUAUUGAUCAUCAGACUGUCCUGAGUCAGAGAUGGUGCUCGGUUUUCUCUUGAAUAUAAAUUGCAUGUGUUUGUGAAUAAGCUACUUAUAGAUGGAGCUAGUCAGUGUAAAAACUAUAGAACCAUUGGGCAACUUGUCCCUCUUUGUGCAGUACACGCUCAAACACCUCUCAAAGCACUUGGUUAAAUCCGACUCACUAAACAACCAAACUGAAACUUUCUCACCAGAUACUUUGUGGGACUGUUAUUAAGAUCAAGGAUCAAUAUCUUUUGAAAGCUGAUCAAACAAUUUCCCGGCAACAGUCAUAAUCAUUUUAUGCUGCAUUUACUCAGCUGGGCAACAAUUGUUGCCUUUUUCCUUUGAGUUGUAGUCAAUAUUAACUCUCCCAUGAAAAUUUGCAUCCAAGGCUUUUUUUUUUUCCUUCACUAUUGAUUGAUAAAGUGAUUGUUUGCAAAUUAUUCACACAGCUAAAUUGAACACUAAAUUAUUAUUUUACUAUUACUACUAUUACUUGUCUCCACAAAAUUAGUAUUUUUGUGCCGUCUGAGAUCCUCUUUGGUAAAUACACAAUCACACAUACGCAAAUGUAGGUGAUUGAUAAACACCUGCUGAGGCAAAUUACACAUCAUCGCUGGCUGAAUGUGUGCAGUGCAGGAUGUGACGCAAAUCAGUUGUAGCCACAUAUAGCCUGUUUGAGGUUGUGGCUGUGGUAAUUUUCCUGACAUCAAAGAAGCAGUGGGUUCAACACAGCUAAAAUCAGAGUCUCCAUCUAUAUUCUGUCUGGGCUCACGAUGACAACUACAGCCAAUGACGGCCAAAAGCCAACCACAUAACCGUUGUUGCUAUUGGUCGAGGCUGUGGUGUUGCUGGUUAAAAUUCACCGAAGUUGAACUCCACGCCACUCGUCACACAAAGCAAGUGUGUUGUUUGCUCCCUCAUUCGCACGGAAUAGAAACAUUUUUGUAUGUGUGACCGUGACCUAAUGGGGAGGUGAUUCAAUAGAAACCACAAUUUACAGCAGUAUACUUUUUCCUCACAUCUUUGUCCUUUACAGCUUUUAAUCAUGCUCAAAUAAUAGUUAGUUGGUUCUCAGAUUCAGAUUAUUCCGUUUUAGCUCCAAUUAGUUUUAACCACAUUGCUUGAAAGGAGAAAGUUUAAUUAAAGGCAAUGCACAGCUCUAGUCGUAGCCAGGUUUAUGUUAGCACUUAUAUUCAAAGCAAUUCACUGUGUUUUAAUGAUGUUCAGAUUUCAUCAUCUCCCACAGAUGCACAUGGUGAGUCUCUUUUUUCAUCGAAGGGGCAUGUUUCUUAGCUUUCAAAGAGAAGUAUGGACAGAAAGAGAAAUAAACUCUGCUUCACUUUCUCAGAGUCUGGCUUUGUAUGACAAAUAAGGCACCAGUUGGUUUGAGGUAGAAAGAGAGAAGUGGAGCAAGAGAAGCGGCGCAUGUCACAUUUCGCAUGUCCACCUUCAGCUCCUAGUGUUACUGGUUUAAGUAACUCUUUAAUGAGGUUCAAAAUGACAGGCAUGUGGACCCCAUGUUGUGGCAAGGGGAGUUAUUUCUGGUAUUAAAAAUAGAUGGUGGAAGGCUUGGGGGGUCUCGGGAGGAGGAGGAGCAGUGUGGGGUGUAGAUUUCCACUGUGUGGGGGGGGGGUUUAAAGCACCAAUGACCUUGCAGUUUGAAAGAAUCGGUGAGUGAAGAAGACAGAAAGAAUAAAACAGAGGGACACACACACAGAGAAGAGUCAUGGGAGGUAUAGCAGAAGGUAGUGUGACUAGAGUGCCUAACCAAACAGCUAAAAAUCCAUGCAACACGACUGCAAACACAAAAACCCACAAGAUUCAAUGACAAACAUACUGUUCAGUACCAUUCAGUCUUAAAAGGCACGCACUGUUUUGUUUUUGUGUUGAUUUCAUUUUUGUGGCUGCCUUUAAUCUGUUUUUCAGUUUUAUUUUUUUUCUCCCACAAAAGACUGCCUUUGCCUUUUGCCAUUUGUUUUUUGUGCUACGGUAACAAUGCUAUUACAGUGGAAAUAGCAGCUCAGCUAUGGGGGGGGGGGGGGGUAAUAGGAGACCAGGCCAUUUAAUGAGGUACUAAUUUUCAGGAUAACACCAUAGGGAAAUGAGGACCGCAUACAAUCCAAAAUGGACGCUUGUCAGCAGAUAAACACUAGUCUUUUUAUCAGAAACCAGCUUCGACUGUACUCUCUUAUAGUUACCAAUACUACUCUUUGUCAUUAUUGCUAUUAUUACCAUGGUUUAUUCUGUACACACCUUAACUUGGGAAAUGAGGAUCAACUUAUAAACUGGAUACUGUGUAUCCUGAGGUAGUCAACCAUAAAACAUGUAGUGUUAGGUUAGUAUCCAUUUUGUACCUUUCUUGAGGACAAAAGAAAAAAGUGAGAUACAUCAUUGUUAAAACUGUAUAAUUAUUAUUAUUGUUAUGAUGAUGAUGAUUACGACUAUUAUUAUUAUUAUUAGGACAACUUCUUGAUGUAAAUAGUGUUUGAUAUUAAAGUAUUAAUUUGGUUCUUAUGUCUUUUCUAAAAAACGAACGCGGUAUUAUCUCUGGGUUUUGCGGAGUGUGUACUGUCCUCAAACAAAUGCAUUGUGUGCUUCAAUCCUCAAUGCCUAAUGAAACUUUGAGCUAAUACGAAGGGGAAACCUGUGGGAACUGUGCACGCACCAGUGUGCAGAAGGCUGGACAUUGGCCAACAAGUGGCUCACCUGUUACAUGUUUCAAACCAGUCACCGACCCUCAACCAUCUCUUCACAUAAGGAUCCUGCCUCGGAGAGAAACACUUUGGGACAUAAUGGACGGCCUAUUUGUACGCUUUUUUUUUCUUUUCUUUUUUUUUUUUUAGCCUUCAGCUUUUGAAAGCAUGUUGUUCAGCUCAAAGAUCUGCCCUGAGGGGACCGUCAGCUUUUCAACUGCAGGAACUCGCCGGUUUCAUUAUGUGGCAUGCGCAUGGACUUUGAUGACAUGUAAAAAAAGAAAAAGAGAAAAAAAAGAUCAAAAAAGUUUUAAAAAGAAUGUUUUCUUUCCUUUGCUCUUAUUUUCCUUUUUAAGGCGUACUAGAUUUUUUGAUCACAUUCAUGUUGUGUGUUUUUUGCAUCCCCAUUUGAGUGAUGUCAUAAAGCUGUGUAGUUUCAGAUGACAAAUGUACAUAACACAAACCAUUGUUGUGAAGUUACAGUGGGGGUAGGUCAUUUUGUAGUUCAAAAACAACGUCGUUUUUUUUCAUUUCCUGAGAACAGCUCUCGUCUGUGCUCAUCUACAGAAUUCAUCCCAUGUAGUUUCAGUCUGUCUCCUCCGACUAUUCAUCCUCUCUCCGCCCUCACAAGAGGAGGCGUUUGCCUGUGUAUACAUCAAUGUGCGGAUGUUUUUCAGCUUGGAAAAAAAAAAAAUGUGUGAGACUGUUUGAGUUUGUGUGUGUGUCUGUGUGUGCGUGUCUCAUUUGCUGUUGCCGCAGUGAAUGGGAAGCGGCAACCCUCUUUGGCAAAGAAGAGUGUUUCCCAUGCCUUAGCCCUUCAGCCUCUGCCCUGGCAGCCCCGUCUGUGUACAAGACGCUUUCUGCCAUUGUGCUUUUACAUGGAAUGGGUGCUGGCGUCGGAGAGACUACAACAGGGCCCUUCACGUUUCUCUCCCUUUUGAACGCCCCAGAAUCACUUGUCCCUACGAUAUACGUUGCUCCUGGGUACAGUUCAAGGAUUAGUGCAGCCCCUCCACCAAAUGCUAGAGUGGAUUGUUAGUUGGGGGGGGGGGCUAUCAUCGAUCCAGGUUCUGUGCACACAGGGCAAAGCCUCUCUUUGUCAGCGACGCCCUUGCUGACCAGCCACUUGUUAAUUUUUGUGCAACUGUCAUGUCCCAUCCCUCUUUGUGCUUGUAUAUCCUCCACCACACCACCUGCUGUCCUUGUCCCCCUCACCUUUGAACCCCGCUCCCACUUUGCCAUCAGUGGGGGAAUAUUUCCAACCUGCUCUUUUACAGUAUAUAAACAACAACAAAAAAAUUUGACAAAAAAAUAAUCUGUAUUUGUAUAUACACGUGUCUGAGCAACUAUGAGUAAUACAAUAAAACUGAAUUACAUUGCUUUGA